CUUUGUUCGAUGAACUUAUUGUUGCAUGCAGACUCCCAAUUAUAUGCUUCUAUCAGUAUCAGCCUCCAUUUUAGUUUGUCCUCGCCCCUAUUCUGAUUCUGAGUGAAAAAACGAAAAACCCCAUUUGCGAAGCUUAGCUAGUGGCACGACUUACGAUCGUAUUUUAUAUAUAAGACUGGCAUGACCAGCACUCAAAAAUUAUUUCUUUUGUAAUAUACGCCCAUGAUGUAUUUUUAAUUAAGUACUAUAAGUACUAGUACUAUUUUCGUAAGACAAGAAAAUCAAAAUCUUGGCAAUUCAACAUACAGGAUGAGUGCCCAGGUGAAAGAUGGCACAUCAAACAAGACGGCCGCUUCUAGGUCGAAAAGUCCACUUGUUAAUACUCGGCGGGCGAAAAGUCCUGGCCCUGGUAGUCCAGCAACCUCCGCAAAAACGACAUCUUCGAGCACUAAACCCACAUCUUCUAGUACAAGUGUUGUGAAUAAACCGAAAACUACAUUGAAAAGUAAGCCUUCGCCUACUGGAAAAAGCGGCGCUGAUAGUCCACGAGGAGGCGGAGAGAGCCCUAUUGGAAAAAGCGGCGCUGAUAGUCCACGAGGAGGCGGAGCCAGCACUUCUCCUGCAAAAGGUGCGAAGUCCUCCCCUCCUUCUACCAGAGCAGGAGGAAAAGAGACCUCUAGUACAGCAGGCAAAGUCGUGACGAGCAAAACCAAAGUCGUUGUAGGAGGAAAAACUACUACAACAAGUUCAAGUGCAGGAGCAAUUUCUGGUGCGGUCGUAACUACUUCUGGUGCGGUCGGACAAGUAGGACAAGGACCUUCUUCUAGCGAACCUUUGAGCACUGAAUCGUUGAUGAGCAGAGGUUCUUUCUCAGAUGUUCCUUUGGCAGAAAGCGCAGGGCCUAGAAGUUUGACUCCAACUGGAGGGGGCAAUGACGAGGAUGAUAACGUGGUCGAUGAACUUGAAGAAGGAGACCCCGACGAUGGAGGAGCUGCUGGAGUGCGAUUUGUUGCUGGUCGGCAGCAGCUUCAGGGUGCGACUUCUAAUACUGAACAAGAGGAGAGUGGUUUGCAGAGACAGGUUGCUUUGCAAAAAAGGCAGAUAGUCUUGCAACAACGCCAACUCGCGGCAAUGCAGCAGAAACAAAUAAAAUUAAAAAUUCAACAAAGACAAAGCGAGAGGCAGAGCAGAAAAACGAAUCGACAAUUACCAUUCUUAAGGAUCGAUUUGUGAGUUUGAAUUUUCCCUCUAUUCUUAGUUUUAUCCCUACAUGCGGUAUGCAUAUGUGAGAUUCUUGAAUUUUCUGACUUCGUAUUCAACUGAAGAGAAACUUCGGACUUCGGAGCCUGCUCUUCAGCGGUUCCGACGGACCUGCCAAAAAGUAUUACAGUCCUUCCACAGUGAAUACUUCGUCUCUAACCACCGCUGCUCGUUCACCUCGAACAAGUUCCCAACAGCGUCAAGGAGCUUCUGCAGACAACACAGCUGGUAGUCGCGCGGGUGUGCGUAGGUGGAUGACAAGGGAGAUUGUUCUUCCUGAAAAAACCAAAACAGACACCAAAGCCCUCUUCGAGAAGUUUGACCGACCUUUGUCUGACGAUACGGAGACGAUGGACGACUCGGAAGACUACAGCGAUGGACCGGAUGCUGAGGGCGAUGAAUUCAAUAGGCUCACACAGUUGAUGCGGGAGAAAGUUAAGGCUGCUGCUUUUGUCCAUCUGCUGAUCUGAUCCAUUUUCAAAGACAGUCAUUCUGGUGGUCUCAGGCCCUCGUCUGAGAUGUUGCACUACGAAGUUUUAUAAGAUCAAUUACAUCUUCAAGUUUUAUGAUUAUAGGGAAGAUAGAUUUAGAUUUAGACAGGCUGAGCUCUAAUGAAGGGGCUACUGCAAGUACGUUUGGGCGAUCUGUCAUGUACGAUUUCGACAGGCUGGCGGGUACUGAAAGAAAGUCAUCACGCAGAGGACUGGGCCAAGGAGGACAGUUAAGACCUAGUACUUGGAUCUAUUUUCUUUUCUCGUAUUCAAAUCAAGGACGAUGAAAGAUCAGGCUAUCUAAUCGUGAGCAGCGGGGAGUAAUUUCAUCAAACUCAUAGAAGUACUCAGCUUCUGAGACAUUGCUAUUGGAUAGGAAGUCGUUUUUUGAUGCUUUUCUGGUCUUUUGUUGAUAAGGAGAGGUGGGAAAAGAUCUCCAAAAGUAGACCAAACUGGACAAAGUUAGUAUCUCGCCUUGCUUUAAUAAGGAUUUUUCUUUUUGUUUUUCUCAGAGAAGGAUGCAGAUCAUCGAUGAUUUGCAUCCUGAUCAACCCACCUCUAAGACUUUCGAGAUCAGAUGUGUACGAUGAUCCUCGAUUCUCUCGUGCCCCUGCUCGGGAACAAGAAAUGGAUGGCGAGGAGGACGAAGAGUUUUCAGACCUGCCGCUGUUAGAGGUAUCAGGCCAUAAAAGAAGUGAUAUUGGCCUUGGGAGAACAAGAUCGAACAUUCUCCGUAGUCAAGGAUCCGAGGCGCUGCGGACAUUUCCGUAUUAGAUUUUUUUUUGAGCUGAACGAAGAUGGCUCCUCUUAAACCAUGAGUUGAAUGCGUUCAAUAUCAAUAUGGAGCCUCAUUAUAGGCCACAACUAGAGGAGCAUUUUUUUGAUGUGCGUUUCUCGUCUAGUGGGUCAAUUUUUAUGAUGGUCAGUGCCAGACGCUUAGCUAGUUUGUUGAUAGUAGCGGUACUAGGUGGGGUAAGACGUCAAGCUGUUGCUGCAUAUUACUAGUUCCUUUUCUUUUUUCCUUGACCUAAGAUUAAAGCUCAAAUUCUAACUCCGCCUACUUCAACGCCAUUACAGCUUGAAUUUAUUGUACACCUCCUGCCAAGUAAUUGGACUUCCUUGGGAGCACUUCUUAAUCCACAUUGUGCACCUUCUUCAGUGCGGAGACGGAGUUCACCGAUAGCGAAAGCGACAUCAUGGAGCCAGACGUUCUUCGUUUUACUGGCUUUACCUUUUUCUCGUUCGUUGCAGCCCUCGGGGGGACGGAGGCACUAGCCUUCAACGUGAAUCCGGUGCAGAGGUUUCGAGCACUUUGCACCCUCGCCUACACAGAUAUCAUGGGGCUCUCGAAGGAGCGAGUGGCUUUGAUGGGUACCUACUUAAGUAGACAUUUAGUAGAUUGAUAUGUGUAAGAGUACUAGUUGUGAGGCUACUUCGAGGCUACAGCUCGUGAGUACUAGAGAUUCAUCCCUUUGUUCUGAAAGAAAAGCUUUAGUUUUUCCUCUUUCCUCAUCCACUCGUCUCAAAAAGCUUUUACUUAUUUCUCUCGUCUCACCAACUUCACCGGACAACGAACUAGGAGAUCUUUAAUCUGACUCUUGUAACCGACUCUUAAUAUGUACACCUCUACCAAUGCCUAUGCCACUGCUAUUAGUACUGACCUAUAUUGUUCCUUCUUUCUGCUCCUCAACGUCAACCUAUAUUCCUAACGUCCUCUUAGACCUAUAUUCCUCUUGUCUCAACGUGAACAGAAUACCUACCGAGAAUGGUUGCCGGUCGUGACUGGGCAUUAGCCAAGGACGACUACUACGGAGUCCAUCUGCCACCGUAUUUAGCUGCAGGUCCGUACAUUCUGGCUCGAAAUACGAGAAUGUUGGCAGGGAUUGCAGGCAUUGUGGCUCUCCUUUGUUGGGAGCUGGUGAUACCAGGUAAUCAUAAUAAUGAAUAGAUACCUGCGGUGCCACCUGUCAUCGUUUAUCUUUAUGUCUGAUGGAUGCUUCCCUUCAUACGGUCAUCAUGAACGAUGGUAACAGAGACGACAGCAUGCUGCAUGGCUUCCCUUCAUCUUUUUGCUUAAUCGAAAACUCAAAAUAUGCGAGUUACUGACUGAAAUAAAAGAGUCUUGACUACAACAUGCCUCUUCUUUUAGUUGUAUCUCCCUUAUUUUAAGUAGUUACUCGCUUAUUUCAGUUUUUCGAAUAGUUACGAUCGAUAGUGUGGACUAAGAAUCUUAGUCGAGGAAGAUGUACAAUUUGAAACUCACUGAGACUGAUUCCUCUUCUACCAGAUGACACUUAUUCGCUGCAUUUGCCUGCGGUAGUGAGGAAUGGGCCGCCUGUUGUCAGACAGUCAGUCGGAAGUAUUGGGGAGCACGUUCGAUCCGCUGUCGGAGUGGCACAGCCUUCGUCUGUAGCAGCCGCCACUUCAUCUGGUAUGGUUUUGACCGCUUCCGCCUGCCUGAAGUUGUCCUAUUCGUUUGGCACUUUUAUCGCAAGCCAGUACCUGUUGCAGAGAAUGUUGCCGAGUGCGCGUGGGACCGUGACCGGCUUUUCUUUGGUUUUGCUCAUGCUGCGAGCAGGCACGGAGAUUCUGCUGCUGUGGGGCAUUCAAUUCGGCGGAGCUUUGCCGGUGUUGCCGCUGACAAAAGGGGAGUCUGCGAGGUCUGAGUACGAUCUGAGGGCAACUAGUGUGAGCUUAUUUCCGUGGUUCCGCGAAUUGCUUUCCGAGACGAGAAGGGGCGCGGAAGCUCACUACAAGAACCACCAUUUUGUGUCGUCGUCGGGUGCUGUCCUCUAUCGUCCUCACGGCGGUCACCACGAGACGUCGCACCCCUCCGAUGCGUUUUACGGGGUCUCCCUGUUGGGCUUGUGCUGCCUGUGCUGGUACCGGAUCGCGUGGAUGCAGUCCCGGCUGUUCCCAAGUUCAGCGUCGGUUGGCAUGGCCCUUCUAGUCGGGUGCGGCUGCUUUCUGAUCGCCAUUCUGCGCGCUUUGUACCCGACCGAACUCGUACACAGCGUUGUCUUGCCGUACGCGUUGACGGUAGCCCACUGCGUGCACGCGGCAUUGCGGUUUCCGUGCCUGCUCUUCGCGAUUCUGGAUUCGGCAGGCGUCAUACUGUGGACCCUUUCAGCUUUGGCCUACUCUUUCACCGCCGACGACUGGAGUGGCUGGCAAUGGCACGCUCUUCCCGCUCUGUUCACAGUCGUCUGGCUCAAACCUGUAGCUGCUCUCCGUGACACCCUGUCCGCGACGUCUGCAGCAAACAGCAAAUUGGUUUACCAGGACCUAGUGUGCGGGUACCUGGCGCUAUCUUGCUACGCCAUCUUCUACAUCUUCGCGUACGAUCGAGCAGGGGUCAGUCCUUACGCGUUGCUGUCCCCGAGAGCUAAGUUUGGCCUAAUUUGGUACGCUGUUCUUUUUAUGGCCGUCUGGACGAUCUGGUGGACCUUUGCAGUGUAGAAGUAUUGGGAUGUGGUGCUCGAGCAUCCUCGGGAUGACUAUUUCUUAUUUGCAGUACUAGUUCAUGUAGUUGUAGUAGAACUAGAAGUUGUGAUCAUCAUGAACACUUCCCAGACUAGAUCUUAUAGGCAGUAGAGGACAAAAGAAACACGAAUGAAACACGCUUGAUAUUGAUCUCUCGCAAGUUAGUCCUCUGCUACAUAACAUCAUCUUCAUCAUCUAUCGAAAGUAAGUACUUUUCUGUAACAAACUUAUUCUUGUUAUAUCGAAAAAUGAACACACAGGAUUGUGUAAGCCCGUAUUAAUGGGCCGCAUAAGAUUAAGAAUGAUUUCUUCUUUUAUAGUUUAGACGAAUCAACUGGAACCGAACCUCAGAAAUGUACUAGUAAUCGAAAUUCUAGCAAUGUGAAUGUAGAGAGUACCACACAUCUUAAAACCGCUUAUGUUUAGGAAACUCCAAAUGUUUGUAGUUGUAACUGUGCUGCCCUUUCUUUUGAUGCUGUGAGGACGCUACAACAUCUGAACGCGCAGUGUCUUUAAAGAAAAACAGAAGGAUGAAAAGACGAAUAAAAGUUGUUUUCACUGCAGAAGUAUGUAGUGAUGCGCAUUCACGAAUUUUUCGUGGAACCGGUC